AUGAAGCUGCAGUAUUUGGACGCGCCUGAGCUGCCCAUCACGGAGGCCACGCUGGCCGAGGAGGGAGUGUUCUACCUCCCCAUCGAUACCUCCGCCUGGAAGGAGCAGAUUGAGAAGAUCUGCGCUGAACGUGGGUACAAGAAUCGCGAUGAGGUGUUCAUCUCCUUGACGCCCGACGUGAAGCCUGCCGACCGUGAAUUCACCACCGGCAAGCAGAUUCUCCUCACCCGCGACAACGACAAGCUCGACACCAUGCUCACCAAGUUCUUCGAGGAGCACCUGCACGAGGACGAGGAGAUCCGGUUUGUGCUGGGCGGCGCUGGCCGCUUCGACGUGCGGGACAAGCAGGACCGGUGGAUCGGCAUCACCGUCGAGGAGGGCGAUCUCAUCAUCGUACCGGCCAACAUGUACCACAGGUUCGGCCUCGCCGACUCCAACUACAUCCACGCCAUGCGCCUCUUCUCCGACCAGCCCAAGUGGGAGGCCAUCCCGCGCCAGCAGUGA